AAAUGAACAUCAAAUGCCUGGAGAGAGUAAUAUUGAUUACAGAGGGCAGACAACCAGACGGAAAGUAAACCAGAAAAAUAGCAAGACUUUCAAGAUAAUGAAUAAGAGCAAGGAAAGAGACUUAAAAGAGAAUCUUCAGAAUCCAAGAAUAAAUCACAAUAAAUCUGAUAGUAAAAUACAUUCAAGAAGACAUGGUAAAGGCAAUGUUAGAGGCACAGGGAAUCAAACAAAAUUGCUAGAAAGUCAGAAUUAUUCCAUCUUAGAUAUCAUAAACAUGCAGAAUAUAAGCUGGAAUCAGAGAAACUCUGAUCGCAAUAUAAACCUUCAAAAUCCUCUCAACCAAAGGCAUUUAUCAAAUCAGAUACACGCUCAUAUGUCUAAUGAAAGGCCUGGCAGAGAAUCUCUAUUCCCUAGAAAUCUUGAUAGCUCUACAGGUACUACUUCAGAGAUGAUCAUUUGACCUAUUUUGCUUCUCAAUCUUACAAAAUUAUAGCUAGAAACAUAGAAUUAGGAAGUCAUAUAGCUUCACAGUUCCAGAGCAGACGUCCUAUAAAUUUCAAUGGGGAAGAACUGAAGAAAGUAGAUCAACAGCCUCUUUUUACAAAGAAGCUUACUUCUUCUAUUAAUCCUAGCUAUCUUGAUGCACCAAAUUCUUCAGGAUUAGAACAACUCGUUUGGGAAAAUAAGAAUGAAAUCCAGAAAUUAUAUGAAGAUUUGAACAAAUUAAGAAUGCGAGUAACGAACCUUGAGAUGGAUAGGAAGUGAGAGAGUCCAUGACCAAGGCUUAAUCAGAAUAAAAUAAGAGCACUAAGCUUCUCACCAGCAUUCAAUAGUGUAAACACUGAAAAAUAAUGAAUGGAAGAGAUACUCAAGGCAUUUAGAAGGGGUUAUUGAACAACUUCUGCAGAAGAUUAAAGGAAAUGGGAUAGACCAUGUGCACAUUCAAGAGGGAAGGAACUAUGAAGAUUUUCAAAAUCUUGAUGAAUUUCUGCUAGGAGAUACUCAUGAGCAAUCUAAUCAAAAGGAUAAUUCCUUCGAGAAUCAGGCCACAAACAAAAUGUUUGAAACCCAAGAAGCAAGAGGUGAAUUCGGAAGAACUGAAACCAUCAAGAGAAAGUCUGAGAGUCACAGGAAAAAGGCAUUUAAUCUAAGAUACAAGGACCUUCUGACAAAAUUAUUUAAGAAAUUCUCAGGGAACAAUCAGAAGAUAAUUAGCGAAUUUAAGAAAAGUUGGAAAGAAGGAUCCCAGAUGUACACCCCUCUAGACACUAAAUUCAUCGAAGACUGGAUAAGAAAAUAAACGGGCCAGCUCGGGCAUGAUGAUUCAUAAGCAUCCGGUCAACCCUCUUCGUUGGGAAGAAGUCAAAGAGCAUCCGUGUGGAGAAGGCCAGAGACAAGGGAGCAAUCCUCUUCAGAUACAGCUGGAAGAAAAUAGCAAGGAAAAUUACUCUGAAGAAUACUCUGGGUUUGAAGAAAGUGACCAUGAUAAGAACUCUAAUCCUUCAAAAUUCCUCAAACCUCCCAAAGAUGUUUUAAAAGCUUCAACAAAUAAAACACAAGAAAUAAGAAAGCUAAGCUCCAAAGAAAAAUAUUACGAGCUCAUGAAAAGAAUUCAGAGCAGCGCCAAUGACAAAAAAGCAAGCAAAGGAUCCUCUUCACCAAUAAAUAGCUUUUUUCAACAGAGAUAAGCUAAUUCGCAUAACCCAGUUUAAUGUCUGCAUUUUUAUAAUGAAAACAUACUUUAAAAUUCUCUUAUAAAUAUAAAGAGACCUAUGCUAGACUUUUAAUUUGAUAUUUCUAUCCAAAAUCAUUUUCUAUAACCAAAUUUCCACAAUAAGCACUAUAUAAUAUUACCAACAUCUUACCCCACCUGAACCCCUUUAAAUCUGCUCUAUUAGCCCCUAGCUCUCUAAGCCACAUCCAAAACGACUUUC